AGGACAAUAGUGACCGACGGAGAGGCCUACAUCUAAGUACCACCGCCAAAAACUUAUUCGUUUGAGAGUUGUUUUUUUUUGUUUUUGUUUAAGAUGUCAAACGCCAAUCUGUAUUCCUGCAAACUGCCAGUUGGCAUCGAGUAUUUUUAUUUUGUUUUCCCCCGUGGUUUUGCCAGAUGGUGCAUUACGCUAAACUAAGAGUGCGAACGUAACGGUUAAAUGCGCUCUCGCACGCAGCUCAGGGAAAUCGGCGAUUAAAAUCGUUUUCCGAUGACCAUGGAUUGGUUUCACUGUAACAACUGUUUCUUGAGACAAGGGAAAAACUUUGUAGUGUCGAACUGUGGCCAUGUAUUUUGCGAGAGUUGCGUCAAGCCAGGUAGCUGCUCUGUGUGUCGAGCCACCUGCAACCAUUUGCCGCUUUCUCACCAGAUGAAACCCCAGGAGCGGAUGUUCUUCACAGACCCAGUGAACCUCAUUCACAGUCGUCUGGAGCACAUCACACAGAUUGCGUUGUUCCAGAAUAAGCAGAAAGAGAGGGUCAUGGCAUACCACAAACACUCACGUAUGGAAACGGAAAGAAGGCUGGAGGAAGUCCGUGAUCAGUUGUCCAGGCAGGUUUUAGAACUGAAGAAGGAGAACACUGAACUCAAGAAGCCACUUUCCCAGAGGAGGCCAUCACCUGGGAAAUGUAAUGCCAAUAGCGCGAUUCCAAGGAUGACUCUGCCAGUGGCUGUCACAUCACCAGUCACUCCUCGCUCCAGGGCUGUAAGUCUUUCAUACUCUGCUGAUACUAUGGAGAGGUUUCGACAAUCCCGAUCCAGCUUGAUGACUCCACCAGGUUCAGCCACCCCAGUGUCAUCCGCAGGGUCGUUGCACGAACAUGGAUUUAGGACACCCAGCUCUGUUAACACACCCCUGAGGUCAGACCACAUAACCCCAAACAUUUUCCAGUUCCAGCUUCUGCCUGGGAGAAUGCUUCACUCGCCCCAGCCAUGGAAUGUGCAGUAGUUAAAUAUCUAAGACAUGUAAUAACGGUGACUGGCAGUAGUACCCACAGCUAUGGAUGACAUGACCAUUAGCAAAACAAUCACAUUUAUGGUACCUCUUGUUUUCUUUUCUUGGGAAAUUGCAUAAUUAGAUAGUGGUUGCUUAGUCAAGUUUGGUUUCUGGAGGUGAUUCUGAAACUGAGCUAGGUGUUUAGGCUCAGUAACUCUGAGAGACCUGAAUGAUAUCUGGAACAUUUUUGACCUGUGGGCUUUUUGUUACUAGUCUUUUUUCAGUUUUUAUCAGUCUUUUCAGCUACUAGUUUGGUAAUAUCCUUGAGUUUGUUAUAUUGAACAGUUUCUGUUGACUCAGGAGUUCUGCAUGAGUCUGGUUUCACCUUUCUUUUAAUCACCCCACAUUAACUAUUUGAAUUCCACAAAAAUGCAGUUAUUUUCAUUACAGUUCACUUUAUUUGAGAUAUUUAUGUAUUCAGUUUAUUUCUUACACAAAAAGCAAAUACCUGCCUUUCCAUUUUAAGACAGACAAGAACUACUAUAAAAAUUUGUGGACAACUCCUUUCAAUUAACUAGUCCUGGGUAGGAUGUCUUCUAAUUUAAUUCAUUAUAAAGUCAAUUACAAAGUUGUUUUCUCCAGUUUGUUACAAAAUAUAUCUAAACAUACAAAAGGUAAAGUAUCAGAGUGUACAUUUAACCUCCA